UAAAUACAUAGUCAUGUCCAUUAUCAUGAGAUUUGUGCGAUAAGUCAAAGUUGUACUGGCGUUCCGAUAUCGUAUCCGAACAUGUUGCCUACAAAGUUUGUUGUUCAGCCCUCCGAAUCACUUAAAUGUCCUAUUUGCAGGGAACUUUUCAAAGAUCCGGUUAUUUCAACUCAAUGUGGACAUACAUUUUGCAGAACCUGCAUUCGAAAUGGCGUUUCAAUCACCGGAAAUGCUGCGACGAAAUGUCCCCAGGACGGAACUAUCUUACAACGACUGCAUUUAGUGUCGAAUUUAGCUGUGAGAGGACAGGUAGAGGAUUUGCUGAUCCACUGUAGGCAUGGACUAACGAGAUCGGAUUCCGAGGAAGACUUUGAAAUAGACACUACGGGUUGCCAAGAAAAAAUCUCAUUCGGUCGACGAAGCGAGCAUGAAGAGGUCUGCGGCUUUGCGUUAGUGCCCUGUCCAAACAGCUCAAAUCAAUGUGGAAAAUUUCGUCGACAGUGUCUGCAAGAUCAUCUUACGGUUUGUGCCCAGUACCGUUGUCACUACAGCGUUAAGGGUUGUGAAUUUGUUGGUACAAAGCUUAAUGUAGAAGACCAUGAUGACACAUGCAAGUACAAAAACAGUGUUGAGUGUCCAAAGUGUCAAGCUCUCCAUUCUGGGUCUUCUGAAGAGCUAAGAUCUUCCGUGAAGGUUCUUUCAGAGAGGGUUUCAUGGCUAGAAAACAACCAAGAUGCUUUGGUGACACAAGUUGAGCAAUGCAACAGUACUAUUUCCAGAUUGUCUGAGACAGUGGAAGACCUAGUAUUCCAGGUGGAACAGCUUACUGUCAUACUGAAGCGAUCAUCGCUGUAUCGUGAAAUGUCAGUGACGUCCAUUCCUGAAACAAUUAACAGCUCUCAAAGCACAAGCCCUGAUGAUACAAUGUCUCAUUCACAUGCACAUAAAUCACUAGUCAGACUAAAGAAUUCCCCUGUGGUGUCAUCACAGCAAGAUAUAUGGAGUAUACCUUGUGUCUUUAAGUGCAUUGGCACCUUGAGGGGUCAUCGUGGAACCAUCUGGUCAAUGGUCUCCAAAAGUCAUCGGCUUUUCAGUGCAGGAGGAGAUAAAGUCAUCAAAGUCUGGAACAUGGAGAAUGUGCGGCUGGCUAGAUGCACCGAGGUCCUUGAGGGUCACACUAAUGAUAUUCACACUAUGUGUGUUGGAGGUGGAAAACUAUACAGUGCAGGAUCAGAUCAAGCAAUUAUCUCUUGGAACUUGGAAAAUUUGACCCUGCACAAAAAAAUUGAGAAUGCCCAUGACAAUAUCAUAUGUGCCAUAGUUUACAACGGAAAGUACCUUUUCACCUCGUCUCAUUCAUGUAUUAAGGUAUGGGAUGCUUCUACUCUUCAAGAGGUACAUGAGAUGCAGGAUCUUCAUCACUGGGUCAGAGCACUGGCUUUAGACACAAAAAGAGAAAAGCUUUUUAGUGGCUCACACAAUGUGGUUCACAUCUGGGAUGCUACAGGCUCGUUUGGCCUCCGAGGAACAAUCGAUCACUCGCUUGGAUCUGUGUACUCUUUAGCUGUCACUAGGCAUUUUAUUAUUGUGGGCACGUACAAUCAGAACAUUCACGUGUAUGACGUAAACUCGUACCAGUCCAUCAAGGCGCUUGUUGGUCACAUUGGUACAGUCACGGCACUUGCCCCUGCAGUGACAGGAAAACUGCUGUUCUCGGCCUCCUACGAUACGACUGUGCAGAUUUGGAAUCUGGAUACUAUGUUACCCAUGCAAACGCUUUCAAGACACGAAGGAAGCGUCAACUGUGUGGUUAUUCAUAAAGAUUUACUCUUGUCAGGCUCAGAGGAUAUGGAGAUCAAGGUCUUCAAAUACUUCAAAGCGGAGUAAAUUUUCUACACAUGUUCAUCUCAGAUGCAAGAUCGCUACAAGUUCGUCUUUGCCCCAUCUGGAGUUAAUCUCCCCACUACCAUUCCGUGCUACAGUCACUUACGUUUUCGUGCAACGAAAGGCACUUGUGCUACGAGCCCGAGUCGAGUUUUCUAUGAGUGAAUAGUGAACGAGGCGCAGCCAAAUUGACUUCAUUGCUCAUAGGCCCGGUAGUCUAACUGUUGUUGUAGACGCCAAGUAAUUACAAAAAUAACCGUUUUAUACAUUUUUUUUAAGUUAAAAAUCAUGAAUAAUGGUCGCUUUCAAGAGCAGAGCGCAGUGCGCAGGAUUUUACUCAAUGAGCGAGUGGACAACAUUGAGAGAACCAAUCAAAUUCACGGAAGAUGCUGAGUAUCUUCAGAAAAUUAAAUAGUUACAAAGGAAACGUUCUCUCUUGGUGUGUAUUAUUUUAUUUUAUUUUUGUAAAUAAAUGUGACUCGUGGGAGUCAGUAAUGAAUGCUUUAA